CAGUGAUGAUUUAACUCAUAAAUUCAAAGGCUUCACUGUGAUGAAUGAAACUGAGCGAUAUGAAGCCCUCAGACACUGUCGUUAUGUGGAUGAGGUCAUCAGAGAUGCACCCUGGACACUGACACCUGAGUUCCUUGAAAAACAUAAGAUUGACUUUGUAGCCCACGAUGACAUCCCGUACUCCUCCGCUGGCUCGGAUGAUGUAUACAAACACAUAAAGGAGGCAGGAAUGUUUGUACCAACGCAGAGAACCGAAGGCAUCUCCACAUCGGACAUCAUCACAAGGAUCGUCCGGGACUACGACGUGUAUGCCCGGCGCAACCUCCAACGAGGAUACACCGCCAAAGAGCUGAAUGUUAGUUUUAUAAAUGAGAAGAAAUACCGCUUUCAAAACCAAGUGGACAAAAUGAAAGAAAAAGUUAAGAAUGUGGAGGAAAAAUCGAAGGAAUUUGUUUACAAGGUGGAAGAGAAGAGUCAUGACCUUAUUCAGAAGUGGGAAGAAAAGUCCAGGGAAUUUAUUGGCAACUUUUUAGAGCUGUUUGGACCAGACGGAGCCUGGCCGAGCAUCGCCUACGAUCCAACCCCCAGUACUCCGGGCAAGGUUAAAACUUCAUGUUCCCCACCCGCAGGAGGGGCAGUGAGGCACUCGCAUUUGGCAUUUUCCACAUGAAGCCCACAGCAGUCACACAGUAGACGCCAGAUCUCCUGUAACCCAGCCCUGCAGCCUAAUGCAAGGCCACGUAGGCACUAACAAGUAGCAGCAUUUGCCUUAGUGUGGCAGAUUGCUUGACUGAAAAGGUGGUCUCUUCCACCCCACCAGUUCUGGCAGGCCUCCUCUCAGCUUUACAAAGCAAAAAUGACAAUAAAGCCCAAAGCA